UACUUCCCCCUUCUCUCAGCCACUUUCUCUUAAAAAAAAAAAAAAAAAAACUUCUUUCUUACUUUCUCUCUCAGAAAUUCUCUUUCAAGGACGCAGGAAGAAAGCGAGAGAAGGAUGCAAAUGAUUUCGAAAGCAUCUUGUGCUGUGGCCUCCGUUCGUUGCUCAAGGGUGAGGAGUGGGCUUUGUGUACGGCCAGGUGUGAGACAGCUUUGCCUUAGAAAAGGUUUCUUGUAUGGAUUCAUGCACUUAUUGUCUAUGCCAUUUAAGACCUUGCGUGGAGCUAGUAGAACACUUAGAGUCGCUCAAUUUUGCAGUGUUUCCAAUAUGUCUUCCUCAUUACAAAUUGAAUUGGUGCCGUGUCUUAGGGACAACUAUGCAUAUCUUUUACAUGAUGUGGAUACUGGCACAGUUGGAGUUGUUGAUCCCUCUGAAUCUGUACCUAUUAUAGAUGCUCUAAGUAGGAAAAACCAAAAUUUGACAUAUAUUCUAAAUACUCAUCAUCAUCAUGAUCACACUGGUGGGAACGAACAGUUGAAAGCAAGGUACGGUGCAAAGGUGAUUGGUCCAGGAAUAGACAGAGACAGAAUUCCUGGCAUUGAUAUAGUUCUGAAUGAUGGUGAUAAAUGGAUGUUUGCAGGACACAAGGUGGUUGUAAUGGAAACUCCUGGUCAUACCCGAGGCCACAUUAGUUUCUACUUUCCUGGAUCAGGGGCAAUUUUUACAGGAGACACUUUGUUUAGCUUAUCAUGUGGCAAGCUUUUCGAAGGAACACCUGAGCAGAUGUAUUCUUCCCUGAGAAAAAUCAUGUCUUUGCCAGAUGAUACAAAUAUAUAUUGUGGCCAUGAAUAUACAUUGAGUAAUUCAAAGUUUGCAUUGUCUAUAGAACCCAAUAAUGAGGCACUCCAGUCCUAUGCAGACCAUGUGGCCCAUCUUCGCAGCAAGAAUUUGCCAACAAUUCCAACUACGCUAAAGGUUGAGAAGGCUUGUAAUCCUUUCCUUCGCACUUCAAGUACAGAAAUUCGGCAGUCAUUAAAUAUUCCAGUAACGGCAAAUGAUGCAGAAGCCUUAGGAGUCAUCCGUCAAGCAAAGGAUAAUUUUUAAGAUCAAAUGCAGGGUGCAUCUGUCAGUAUGAGAAGUAACCUGUUCAUGUAGUAAUCUCCACUUCUGUCCAUAUAUUUUGCAUAUUUCAAUCUCCUUUAGGUUUUAAUUGGAAUGUCGGUUCUGCAAUUCCAUUUGAUGAUGACGAAGGUUUUGACAUUGUAUGUCAAAUGAUUUGUGUAUUAUUGUAGUAGACCUUUGAAAUCAAAAUCCAUUAAUUUUUUUUU